GCUAGUUGCAAUACAUUGAUUCCUACUACAAAUUCCUCCACCCCUCAUCUCUCCCCUGCGUUCCGCCGACCUGCCCACUCCGCCCACUCCACGCCCACCCGAGCAAGGAUGACGGCUGCCGCUGCCCCGGACGACGCCAGGCUCCACGUCGCCAUCAUAGGCGGCGGCGUCGCGGGCGUGGCCCUGGCCCUGGGCCUGCAGACCCGCGGCGUGUCCUUCGCCCUGUACGAGCGCGCCCCCGCCGUCACCGACGUGGGCGCCGGCAUAGGCCUGUCGCCCAACGCCGAGCGCGCCAUGUUGCUGCUCGACCGCGACCCGACCGGCGGCGGCCCCGUCGCCGGCGGCUACAGGCGCGUCCUGACCCCGAACGGGCUCGACUACUUCCAGUGGGUCGAGGGGCUGCGCACCAACGAGGUCCGCUACAAGCUGCACGUCGGCAAGGACGGCUUCCAGGGCUGCCGCCGCUCCGACCUGGUCGAGGCCAUGGUGGCGGGGAUCGCGCCCGGCGGCUGCGGACGCGUCGAGCUGGGCAAGCAGCUCGUCGACAUCCGGCAGCGGGACGACGACCAGGCCGGGGUCGGGAAGAAGGAGAAGCCCAUCGAGAUGACGUUUGCGGACGGCACGACGGCGCGCGCCGACGUGGUCGUCGGCUGCGACGGCAUCCGGUCGCGUGUGCGCCAGGUCAUGUUCGGCCCCACCAGCCCCGUCUCGCACCCGUGCUACAGCGGCAAGUUCUGCUUCCGCACGCUGGUGCCCAUGGACCGCGCCCGCGCCGCGCUGGGCCUCGAGCGCACCCACACGCGCUUCAUGUACAACGGCCCGCGCGCCCACGCCAUCACGUACCCGGUCGGCCAGGGCGCGUCGCUGGUCCUCAACGUGCUCGUCGUCCUCACCGACCCCGCCGGCACGCACGGCUGGGACCUGGCGGCCACCGGCGGCCGGCAGACGGCGCCGGGCACGCGCGAGGAGGCCCGCGCCGCCGUCGAGGGCUUCCACCCGGCCUUCAGGGCCAUCGUCGACCUGCUGCCCGACAACCCAGAGAAGUGGGCCAUCUUCGACUCGCUCGACGACCCGGCCCCGACGUACGCCGCCGGCGGCAUCUGCCUGGCCGGCGACGCCGCGCACGCCACGGGGCCGCACCUGGGCGCCGGCGCCGGGUUCGGCGUCGAGGACGCCCUGGCGCUUUCGACGUUAUUGGAGGCGGUCGACGGCGCGGCCGGGGUCGAGGGCAGGGCGCAGGCGGUCGCGCGGGCCCUUGAGGUCUACGACGAGCUGCGUAGGGAACGCACGCAGUGGCUGGUCGGCGCCACCCGCGAGGUGGUCGAGCUGUUUCAGUGGGACCGCAGCGGCAUGACCGAGGACGAGCACUGGGAGCGGUUCACGCGUGUCAUCCCCGCUCGAUUCCACCAGAUCUGGGACUAUGACCUCGAAGGCAUGAUGGCGGACGGGCUGGGGAAGCUGGGUCUGCCGCCUGUUCCUCAGCCCAAUUGAUACAGUCGCAGAAGGCUACUUUGCAUGCGCUAGGAGGACCUGCGUGGAUUUGCCUUUGGGUAGUGAGAGAGCUGAUGAGAGAGCAACGAGGGUGAGGCAUCGUCGCAUGAGACCAGGCCCGGGGUGUUGUAGCGUGUAACAACUUGUUGAAGCGAAGAUGUUUACUGAUCCAACUAGGCACCUAGGUACCUAGGGUAUACCUAACAUUAUCUCCGGAUUUGUAAAAGUAAUGAGGCUGCUUGUUUGCUUGGCCCAAGCCGGCGCAGGGAUGCUUCAUCCAGGC